CAGGUGCAGCGCAUCUUGAGAUCUACUAACGGUGGUGACAUGAAAAGCACAAUGGAAACUCUUGUUAUGAUUGUCCGUAGAGAAGGAUGGAAGCAAUUAUUUUCUGGUCUUAGCAUCAACUACUUGAAGGUCGUACCCUCGGUAGCCAUUGGAUUCACUGUAUAUGAUGUUAUGAAGUCAUUUCUGCAUGUUCCGGCACGAGAGGGAACUGUAGUGGAAGUUGGAACCAGCAGGAGUAGUCAGCCAUUAUCCCUGCAUUCUUCACCAUCAUUAUCUGAGUCUCAGCAAUAGUCAGUUCUACAGAUUUGCCAAUGGCCUUUGACCAAUGUUGAAGGCCAUCCUAUAUCAGGGGCCAUUUAGAUUUUUAUAGGAUAUUCUUUUGACAUAUAUAUAAACCAGGCAUAUGAUUGAAUUACAAAUAAAUCAGGGUGGAAUAUCAACAAUAAAUGUGUUCAACCCUUUUUACCCUUUUUACUUGGAAUGAUCCAUUUGUACAUAGCUAACAAAAAAGGUCAAUUGGGAUUGUUGUAUUUUAAGCAUUA